AUGGUGAAGUUCACUGCCGGAUUCGCUCUCGCCUCGGUGCUCUCCUUGGCCCACGCCACUGACUUCAAGGUUCGCGUGAGGAACCUGACCUACCUGCAGCCCUUCUCGCCCAUGCUCGUGGUGGCGCACACCAACGACGUGGCCCUCUUCAAGGAGGGCCUCCCGGCCAGCGACGCCAUCAAGCUUAUGGCGGAGGACGGCGACAACUCGGCUCUCCUUGAGCUUGCGGCGUCGGACGACGUGGCCCCGUACAUCUGCGGUGCCGUCGCGGGAGAAGGCCCUGUCUUCCCCGGAGAGACGUGGAGGGGAACGCUGACCAUCGACGAGAGCGCCUGCCCCGACCCGGUCUACAGCGUCGUCAGCAUGCUCAUCAACACCAACGAUGCCUUUGUGGGCAUCGACUCUGACGACCUCAACGUGUACGGCAGCUCGAAGGUGUUCCCGCCCGCCUUCGAUGCCGGUACCGAGGCCAACAACGAGCUGUGCACCCACAUCCCUGGCCCUGCGUGCCCGGCCGACAGCGGCAACAUGGAGGACGUACCCGGAGAGGAGUUCAUCCACGUGCACCGCGGCUUCCACGGGGUGGGCCCGGACCUGGGCGAGGCCAACUACGACUGGCGCAACCCGGUCGCCGAGGUCUUCAUCGCCCGCCAGUAGACGAUACUCGUCGCAGAUUGAUGCAGGCUGAACAUCUGGCGGCGUCGGCAUCGCCCUAGAGUUUCGUGUUUUUUGGUGUUCCAAAGUGUUACGGGGAAGGACGUUGCGUUCCGACAUGUAGGUUCUUUCGUUGAUGUCGAUGGUCUCGCGGCACCGGCGUCAACUGUAGUUGACGGAUUCGCGUUGGCAUAAAUGUUUCGUUCUUCCCGUUUUUAGCGUGUUUUGCUUGAAGCGGUGAAUGGGGAGUGCAUGGAAGGUAUAUUAUAUUUGUUGGAAUAUCUUCUGUACGAUUGAUUGUAAGGGUGUGGCAGCCAAAGGCCCAACCCCAGAUAUUGACGUGCCUUCUUCUUCAAUGACUCUCCUUGGAGAUAAUAUACCGUCCGUACUUUCAUCCGGUGGUGUGUUGUUGCCGUUGGUAUCGCCUGCGCUGGCCCAACCCACCAAUGAUUGUGUCGAAUGAUGCUUUUCGGCGAAUUUAAGCACUUGAGUGUACUUCAUGUUCCAAGGCGACCAGAGGGGAG